CGAUGUGCAGUUCUUUUAAAAAACAUUUCCUGUUUAACUUUAAAACCCCUCUCAAACACUCGAUGGGAAAGCAAAAUUGAAGCUAUUCGACCUGUAAGAUAUCAACUGGGAGAAAUCUAUGAUGCUCUCUUUGAAAUAUCCGAAGAUGAAUGCUUUUCAAACGAAGUGCAAUAUGAAGCACAAAGUCUGUGUACCAAAAUCAAAGAUUAUAAAUUUAUUUGUUCCUUGAUAGUUUGGCACGAUUUGCUUAACAGAAUUAAUCCUGUCAGCAAACAAUUGCAAGAAAAGGGUUUGAGUGUUACACUAGCCUUAAAGGCAAUAAGUAACUUAAAAACAUUCAUUGAAGAAUAUAAAAGUGAUAUCAAUUACAAAAGUAUUCUUGAGAAAGCCAAAGAACUUAGUGAAGAAGUGGAUGGCGAGCCACAAUUUAAAACUGUUGAAGAAGUCCGAAGAAGGAAAAAGAAAUGUCACUUCGAUUACGAACAUGCUGACGAAUCCCCUCGAUCUCCAGAAGAGAAGUUUUAG